UCGACUUUCAUCCCACGCAACCCAACUUGCACGUUUGCGAACAACCAGCUGCGACCAACGCUAGCAACCAAAACCACCACGCGAUCGCGCAAGACUUGUACAUUUGCCAUAACCCACAACCGUUUACAAUCGCUUCACAGCUUUCAAGUUCUGCCACCAUGGCUCUUCAAGCAGAGACGCAGGCCAUCGUCACCCAGUUCGACUUCUCCGACGAGAAUGUCAACAAGGCAGUCAGGGAAUUCCUCCGCCAGAUGGACGAAGGAUUGGAAAAGGACGGCACGAGCCUGAGUCAGAUUCCGACCUACGUUACUGCCGUCCCCAACGGCACCGAACAGGGACUCUACAUGGCUGUCGACUUGGGUGGCACCAACUUCCGUGUCUGCUCGAUCAAGCUCAAUGGUGAUGGGACGUUUAACCUCACGGCCAACAAGGUCCCGAUUCCGAAGGAACUCAUGGUUGCCAAGACGGCCUCCGAACUCUUCGCCUUUCUCGCUCUGCAGAUCCGGAACUUCCUCGAAGAGCAUCAUGGCGACCAGUUCGAGCAACACGUCCGACGGCGCCCGACUAUGACCGCACCGGAGGGCUACAAGGACGAACACGUCUUCCGGAUGGGCUUCACAUUCAGUUUCCCCGUGCAACAGAGCGGCAUCAACAAGGGCACUCUCAUCCGGUGGACCAAGGGCUUCGACAUCCCGGACGCUGUCGGCAAGGACGUGUGUGCUCUGCUGCAAGAGGAAAUCGACAAACUACACCUACCGGUCAAGGUUGCGGCCCUCGUCAACGACACCGUCGGAACGCUCAUGGCACGCUCGUACAGCUCUCCCGGCAAGCAAGGAGCUGUGCUGGGCGCCAUCUUCGGCACCGGCACCAACGGCGCGUACGUCGAGAAGCUCAGCAAGCUGAAGAAACCGCUCUCUGGUGACUACGACAACUCUACGGGGGAAAUGGUGAUCAACACGGAAUGGGGCUCCUUCGACAACCAGCUCAACGUCUUGCCGACCACCCCGUGGGACAUCGCCCUGGACAAGCAAACCCCCAACCCUGGUCUCCAGAUGUACGAGAAGCGCAUCUCCGGCAUGUUCCUCGGCGAAAUCUUGCGUCUCGCCACCCUCGACCUCAUCAAGAAUCCCAAGGUGUCAUUCUUCAAGGACGAAAACUCCGCCUCGAACGACUGGAGAACCACGACCUACAUCGACAAAUCAUCGAGUCUCUACCAGGAAUGGGGCCUCGACACUUCCAUCAUGUCGGUCGCCGCCAUCGACGAAAGCCCCACCCUCUCGGCCCUCCGUCAAUUGCUCGAAUCGACGCUUCAGGUCCACAUGCCGGCUUACGAAGACGCCCUCGCGUUCAAGAAGAUCGCUGCGGCAAUCGGUCGCCGGGCUGCCCGACUCUCCGCCGUCGCCAUCGCGGCUAUCGUCCUGCAAACCGGCAAGCUCAGCGACCCGGCACACGACAACGAACCCAUCGACAUUGGCGUGGACGGCAGCCUGGUGGAGCACUACCCUUACUUCACCGACAUGAUCUACGAGGCGCUGCGCGCGGUCGACGGCAUCGGCGAGCAAGGCGCCAAGCGCAUCCGCAUCGGCAUCGCCUCCGACGGCUCCGGCGUCGGCGCCGCCCUCAUCGCCCUCGUCGCCGCCGGCAUGGAGAAGAGCACCGACAACCUCCUCGGCGACCUGCGCUCCGGCGCCGCCAACGCCUCCGACACCGCGGCUUCCUCGGACUCGGAGGAAAAGCCCACCGCGAACUAGGCGUCCUCGGUGCGGCCGGACGGCGCGACCAAGGAGAGGCGGUGGCGGGACAGGUGCUGCAUUGUCAUGUGAAUACGGAUUGUGCUUUUUGUGUCUUUUGGCUUGUCGUCCCAGGUGCGGGGUUGUAUGGGAAGCGAAUGGUUUUUGUUUUGUUUUGUCUGUUUUGAUCGUCCCAGGCGCGGG